AUGUCCAUUCUGUUACGGACUGUAAGACUCAUUCCCCGACCUGCUUCUAUCGUCAGUCGUCAAAUCUCGUCCGAACAUAAGAUCGACCCAUCAGAUGAUUUGAAUCAUGUCAUUCUUUUGGGUACAGUUAACGGAGUAAAUAGGGCCACUGAUCCGGGUAAGAAUCACGUUUCAAUCAGCCUGCGAACGCGUGAUGUGUAUCGAGCUGCUAAAGGCUAUGGUAUGAAAGUAGUUAGUCAUCGGUAA